AAGGGUGAGCAACGUGAUGCAUUGGAGCUUGCUGAACUUUUAUGCGCACCGAAAAAGCUGGAUCGUGAUCGUGGUGAGAUGGCUCUGAGGGAAAGAGAUUUUGAAGUCAACGAAAUUAAGGAUUUGAUCGAUUGGAUCAUGGAAAAGUCGGAAAAUUUGCACGAAUGGGAGGACAUAUAUGGUGCUUGCACUUUUGCACGUAUUUUGCUUGAGAAAGUUCCGACUUCUCUGUUGGAUGCUCACAACUUCAGAGAGGUGUUGAUUGAUAAACUUCCAGAAAUGGAUUCGCAUUAUGAGUAUCGGGUUCGUAUUGCAGCAGGUGAAUUAAUGGGCGUCCUUUGCAACCUUGGCGGCGUCCAAAUUUUCGAAAGGUUUCUUCCAAGGAUCAAGGAAGGAAUAGAGGAUAAUUUGAAUAGGGAUCCACUUAAUCCUGCUAAAGAGCAAGAGGAAGCCCAAAAAGAACUUGAUUUAGUUAUGGACACCAAUCCUAACUUAAGUAAGAGCUCCCUCACUCUGUUUCAUGAUACCGCUGGGUGGAAAAACCUUGAGACUUGGAUGAAGUGUCUUCAUUUUUGUGUUUGUGGCUUGGGUUCAGAACGCUUCAAGAUGUGCUGUGACCCUGAUAUCCUGGCAAUAGUUUUCAAGGCUGUCAGCCACACGAAUAGGUUUGUCCGUGAAACUGGCUAUGACGUUUUGGGCACUAUUAUACAGAAUCAAGGCUGCGAAGGUUCUGGAGAA